UAAUGGUUAAGGUUCAAAGAACCACAUCAUUCGUCAUGGUUUUGAUAGGUAUUGGACCCUUUUGUCAAUUGUUUCCAUGUGUCAUUUUUUUUUAUAAUUGGAUGUCUGGACCAGCUUGCGCGGACCUCGAUUAACUCCGGGGCCCAAAGUUAUGUUUCCAUGCGUCAGCAACUUGGUUGUGCUUAUAAAUGGUUUCAUCUAGUCUCAACUUAGUAUCACUUGCCUAGUUUCUCUUUUCUAAGCAAUGGUUUUUCGCACUCCAGUUGUCUGUUUUAUUGCUGCAGCCAUAGUUUGUUCUGUCUCAGUUGGGGUUCUGAUGGCAGACCAGAGCUUGGAAGUUCAUAACGAGGCGUUGAAAGCAUUCAAGAGUUCAAUCACCAAUGACCCAUUUGGUGCCCUGGUGGAUUGGACUGAUGCAAGGCAUCACUGCAACUGGUCUGGAAUUUCAUGUGACCCUUCCUCAAACCAUGUCAUUUCCAUUUCCCUCGUCGACAAGCAGCUCAAAGGUGAAAUCUCUCCAUUUCUUGGAAAUAUUUCCACCCUCCAGACUCUUGAUUUAUCUUUGAAUUCAUUUGCUGGGCACAUUCCACCCCAGCUGGGGCUUUGCUCAAACCUUUUGGGGUUAGCUCUUUACUAUAACUCGCUUUCCGGUCCAAUUCCACCGGAACUAGGAAAUCUUGAAAAUCUGCAGGUGGCGGAUUUUGGAAACAAUUUCUUCAAUGGACAUAUACCCGAAAGUAUGUGCAAUUGCACGGCCUUGCAACAACUCGGCCUCUCCUUCAACAAUCUCACUGGUUCAAUCCCCUCAAAUAUUGGUAGUUUAGUCAAUCUUGAGUUUUUUGAAGCUCAUGGUAACAGUUUGGUAGGUUCUCUUCCAUCUUCAAUUGGUAGGUUGGAAGCACUCCAAACUUUGUACCUAAGUCAAAAUCAAUUGUCAGGUUCACUUCCUGCAGAGAUGGGGAAUCUGUGGAAUUUAGAACUCAUUCAGUUGCAGGAGAAUUUUCUUGCUGGGAAACUCCCAUCUGAACUUGGUCAUUGUAUUAAACUUCACACUAUGAACAUGUACAGUAAUCAUUUCACUGGAAGUAUUCCUCCUGAGCUUGGAAAUUUGUCUAGCUUAGAAAUCUUGCGGUUGUAUGACAACGAGUUGAAUUCAACAAUCCCACUAUCGUUGUUCCGGGCUAAAUCAUUAACCCAUUUGGGACUUUCACAAAACGAGUUUAUCGGUUCAAUACCUAUUGAAAUCGGGUAUUUGAGGUCAUUACAAGUAUUGACCCUCCAUUCAAACAAGUUUACAGGGGAGAUUCCUUCAUCCAUAACAAACUUGUCCAAUUUGACAUAUUUGUCUAUAAGCAUCAAUUUCCUCACAGGGUCACUUCCGUCGAAUAUUGGAUUGUUGUACAAUUUGAAGACCCUUAUCCUGAGUAAUAACCUUCUUGAGGGAUCUAUUCCAUCUAGUGUCAGCAACUGUACGCGCCUUAUUUCUAUUGAUCUAUCUUUUAACAAACUGAGUGGGAAAAUUCCUCGGGGCUUGGAUCAGUUGCCAAAUCUUACUUUUCUAUCCCUUAGUGGAAAUAAGAUGUCUGGUGAAAUUCCAGAUGACCUCUUCAAUUGCUCAAAUCUUGAAAUCCUAAGUUUGGCUGAAAACAAUUUCAGUGGAUAUGUAAAUCCAGUUAUUGGUAACCUCGUGAAUCUCCAGCUCUUGCAACUCCAAUUCAAUUCAUUUGUUGGACCAAUUCCACAAGCAAUCGGCAACCUUAGUCGGUUGGUCUCCUUGUGGCUUCAUGUGAAUAACUUUUCAGGCCUAGUUCCUACAGAACUCUCAAAACUCUCCUUCCUCCAAGGCCUUUUUCUCCACAACAAUGCACUCGAAGGGGUAAUCCCGGAAAAGAUUUUUGAGCUCAAAAGGCUCAAUAAGCUUUUGAUGAAGAAUAAUAGGUUCACUGGUCCCAUUCCAAGUGCUAUUAGCAAACUUGAGUUUCUUUCAUACAUGGACCUCAGUGGGAACAUGCUUAAUGGCUCUAUUCCAAGUGGUAUGGCACGACUUAACCGACUGAUGACCUUGGACCUCUCCCACAAUCAUCUCACUGGACCUAUUCCUGGGUCAGUUAUUGCUGGCAUGAAAAACAUGCAGAUAUAUUUGAACUUCUCGUACAAUUUAUUUUCCGGGUUAAUUCCAGAUGAGCUUGGCAUGUUGGAGAUGGUACAAGCCAUCGACAUCUCGAACAAUAAUCUGUCAGGAGAGAUUCCAGAAAUGCUCAAAGGCUGCAGAAAUUUGUUCUCAAUUAAUCUGUCUGGAAAUAAACUUACCGGACCACUACCCAGUAAAAUUUUUGAACAGGUUUAUUUGCUAACAAGCUUAAACCUUUCAAGGAAUCUUUUGGAUGGUGGACUCCCUGAAAAUUUGGAGGAUUUGAAGCACCUUAACUCCCUUGACCUUUCUCAAAACAAGCUCCAAGGCAGGAUCCCUGAGAGCUAUGCAAAUAUAUCCUCCUUGAAACAUCUCAACUUUUCAUUCAAUCAACUUGAAGGUCAUGUUCCAGAGACUGGUGUUUUUAAGAGCGUAAGUGCAUCUAGUUUGGAAGGAAACCCAUUUCUCUGUGGAAACAGAUUUCUCACCCCAUGCAGCACAAGUACGCGUCGCUUAUCCAAGAAGACAGUUAUAAUUCUGGCAGCUCUAGGAUCUGUUUCCCUGUUCUUAAUUCUGGUGCUGGCAAUUUCUGUCUUUAAACGAUACGCCAAAAAGAAAAGCCCAAAAGGGGUUGAGAAUCCAGAACAUGAAUAUGCUUUAGCAUUGACCCUUGAGAGGUUUGGUGAAAUGGAUUUGGAACAAGCCACUGACUUCUUCAGUGAGGAUAACAUCAUUGGAAUCAGCAGUUUGAGCACUGUGUACAAGGGUAUAUUGGGAAAUGGGCAGAAAAUAGCAGUUAAGAAAAUGAACUUGCAUCAGUUUCCAGAAGAGACUGAUAAGUGCUUCUACAGAGAAAUCAAGACCCUCAGUCAACUGAGACACAAGAACCUAGUGAAGGUAAUUGGUUAUGCUUGGGAAAGCAGGAAGCUAAAGGCUUUAGUUUUGGAGUACAUGGAAAAUGGGAACUUAGAGAGCAUUAUUCAUGACACUUGUGCCGAUCAUCCAGGAUUGGCAGCAUUGUCUGAGAGAAUCAACAUUCUAGUCUCUAUUGCAAGUGGUCUGGUUUAUUUGCAUUCGGGCUACGAUGUCCCAAUUAUUCAUUGUGAUUUGAAGCCUUCUAAUGUACUUUUGGAUGGGAAGUUUGAGGCACAUGUGAGCGAUUUUGGAACGGCUCGAAUUCUUGGUGUUCAUCUGGAGGAGGGGACCAGCAGCAUUUCCUCAUCAUCUGCAUUUCAGGGUACCAUUGGAUACAUGGCACCGGAGUUUGCGUACAUGAGGAAGGUAACAACCAAAGUAGAUGUGUUCAGCUUCGGUAUAAUCGUUAUGGAGUUCUUAACAAAGAGAAGGCCAACAGGACUCACACAAGAGGAUGGGUUACCUGUCACUUUGCCUCAACUUGUGGAGAGAGCACUAGAAAAUGGCAGCAAAGGGGUACUUCAAAUUGUGGACCCGCAAUUAUCGUCACACUCCUCAAAAGAGCAGGAAAUAGUCGCAGAGCUCCUCAAGCUGGCCUUGUCUUGCACCUGCUCGUCUCCUGAGGAUCGGCUGCACAUGGUUGAAGUAGAUUCUUCCCUUCUGAAGCUAAGCAAGCGCAUGAUGGUAACAAGCGCAUGAUGUUAACAACAUUCAGGUUUUUGGAAGCUGAGAAUUGACAAUCAGAAAGCAAAGUUAGAAGUAUCCAGUCCUUAGCUUCAUGGUAUUCAACUUUUGUCCAGCUUAUAUAAUGUUUUUCUUUUUUCGGUCUUGUUAUUUGCAAGCAGAGGUUGCACCACUCUUGGUGCCUACUUCCAAAAUAAAGAAGGCACAAGCAAAUGCUAAUAAGGUGCACCAGUUUUCCUGUAAGGUAAUUUUUGUGCUAAAGUGAACUCUAGAGUGUCAAGAUAUCCUGUAACUGUCGUACGUUUUGGUUCCAAUAAAAGUGGUUCCAAUAAAA